AUGGACUUGCAGUGUGUCCGCCCUCAGCCACGCCACUGGAACCAGUCGGAGGAGUCCAGCAUGUGGGGCGGCUUCAACUCCAGCUCCGAGCAGCCCAACAACAAGUCGUCGGUCUUUGCUGCCGAGUGUGUGUCGGUUUCCGUGUUCUUCCCGGUCACUAUGAUGAUCGCUGGUAUCGUGGGCAACACGCUCGCGUUGCUGCUGGUGUAUAGGUCCUACCACAAGAAGGAAAACAAGAGGAAGAAAUCCUUCCUGCUGAUUAUCGGAGCCCUGGCUCUGACAGAUCUGACUGGCAAACUACUGACCAGCCCAGUCGUUAUUUCAGUGUAUAUGACCAACAGGCAGUGGAGCCGAGUGGACCCAUCCGGCAACUUGUGCAGUUUCUUUGGGCUCUGUAUGACCACGUUUGGCCUUUGCCCCUUAUUUUUGGCGAGUGCAAUGGCGAUUGAAAGGACCUUGGCUAUCCACGCUCCCCAAUAUUACUCCCAUCAUAUGACCACCAGGCUGACCAAACUGGUGGUGCUUUCUAUCUGGCUUGGGGUGGUUGCGUUCGCCUUGCUGCCCGUUGCUGGCGUUGGGAAGUACACUCUGCAGUGGCCGGGUACCUGGUGCUUCAUCAACACUGGCAACCAUAUCUUAGGCAACACCAUUUUUGCCUCCACCUUCACGGUGCUGGGUAUCACCUCCCUGUUGGUCACACUGAGCUGUAAUGUGGCCACUAUCCGAGGGCUGGUGGUGCGGUGUAAGAAGAAGCUGACGACCUCGAACAGGCAAUGGGAACGGAUCACGGUGGAAACACUAAUGCAGUUGAUGGGGAUCAUGUGUGUGCUGAGUGUUUGCUGGUCCCCUCUCCUGGUACUGAUGUCGAAAAUGAUCUACACUGAAAGUUCUUCAGAUCACUGCUACACAUCUCCAAAUAACAUCUCAGGCCUAAACAAUGAACUGCAAGCGGACUGCAAUUUUCUCCUCACAGCCAUUAGAUUGGCAUCGCUAAAUCAGAUCUUAGAUCCAUGGGUUUAUUUAUUGCUGCGAGAAAUCCUGUUAAGAAAGGUGUGUCAAGUAGCUAAUGCUGUUACUAAUUGCUCAGUUGAGGAGUUCAAGGAGAUUCCUGUAACAGUAGAACCAAGAGACCAAGAGAAGAAACAAACAACAUAA